AUGGCGCCGUCUCUCUUUCGCAAACGCCACGAGGCCGAGGAUAUUAUUCCGAUCCCCGGCCCUCUCGAGACCGUCUCCGCCUCCGGUCGUGAUUACCUCGAGAAUCUACAGCAGUUCGAGAAGUCCCACAAGUUCGAUCCCAAUCUGCCCAUCGAUGACCUCACAGAUGUCGACGCCGCUAUCGCGACUGGAAAUGCCGAGAAGGGGAUUGAGAUUGAGCACGCGCUCAUGGAGGACAACAGCCCCUAUCCCGAAGUCCGAUCUGUCGUCCGAAACUACGAUGUUGAUGUCCCUGCCAAUACCAUCCGUGCCUGGACUAUCGGGUUGAUUCUUUGCACCAUUGGUUCCGGUGUGAAUAUGCUCUUCUCGUUGCGAAACCCCAGUGUCACAGUCACUACCUACGUAGUCCAACUUGUCGCCUAUCCGUUUGGUCUUGGCUGGGACCUGAUCAUGCCUGAUCGAGAAUGGACCCUGUUCGGUCUCAAAUUCAACCUCAAGCCCGGUAAAUUCAACUACAAGGAGCAUGUCGUAAUUGUCGCCAUGUCCAAUGCGGCGUACGGUGGCGGUGUUCUCUACGCAACUGAUGUACUCCUCGCGCAGCAAAUCUUCUACGGCCAAAAGUUUGGCUGGGCUUUCCAGAUCCUAUUUGGCAUCACGACUCUUUGUACUGGAUAUGGAUUGGCUGGACUUGCCCGUCGCUUUCUGGUGUGGCCGGCUGCUAUGAUCUGGCCCACUGACUUGGUCAAUUGUGCCCUGUUCUAUACGCUUCACGAUCACUCCGGCUCGGACCCUACCAAGACCAAUGGCUGGAAGAUGGGACGGUAUAGAUGGUUCUUGAUCGUUGGAGCUGGGGGUUUUGUUUGGUAUUGGUUCCCAGGCUGGAUCUUCAAAGGUCUUUCUUACUUCACCUGGGUUUGCUGGCUUGCACCCCACAACGUUAAAGUCAACAAGAUUUUUGGUGGCAUGACUGGCUAUGGCUUGAUGCCUACAUCCUUCGAUUGGACCGUGUACAGCGGUUACCUACAGUCCCCUCUUAUCCCUCCCUUCCACGCCAUCGCGAACGUUCUCCUGGGCAUCAUUGUUUUCUUCAUCUGCAUUUCAAUGGGCAUACACUUUACAGGUACCUGGUAUGCGGAUUACUUCCCAGUCCAGUCAUCCGAGUCCUACGACAACACAGGCGCCAUCUACAAUGUUACAAGAAUCCUCGACAGUAACUUCCAGUUCAACGAAACUGCCUACAAGGAAUACUCGCCACUCUUCCUACCGACGCAGUUUGCCCUUUCUUACGGUCUGUCCUUUGCAGCUGUUACAGCAGUUGUUGUUCACGUUGUGCUCUACCAUGGACAUGAGAUCUGGAGACAAUUCAAGCUGGCCCGCAAUCAGGAGGAUGACGUUCACAUGCGACUGAUGAAGAAGUACCGAGAUGCAGAGGAUUGGUGGUAUGCGACUCUUUUCAUUGUUAUGGUUGCUAUUUCCAUUGGCGUGAUUGCUGGAUGGCCAACUGGCUUCCCCGUCUGGGCGUACUUCAUCUGCCUCCUUAUUCCCGUGCUGUGGUUGAUCCCAAUCGGUGUUGUUCAGGCUAUCACCAAUAUCCAGCUUGGUCUUAAUGUUCUGACUGAGUUCAUCAUUGGCUACAUGGUUCCAGGUCGCCCUAUGGCCAUGAUGAUGUUCAAGAAUUACGGCUACAUCUGCAUGGGCCAGGCACUUUACUUUGCGCAAGAUCUCAAGCUUGGUCACUACAUGAAGGUCCCUCCCAGAGUCAUGUUUUCAUCACAACUGGUUGCCUCAAUCUGGUCGGCUAUUGUACAGAUUUGCGUGAUGAACUGGGCACUGGGACACAUUCCUGACGUUUGUGCGGUCGACCAGCCCAACAACUAUACCUGCCCAGGUGGUCGCGUCUUCUACACAGCCUCUGUGAUCUGGGGGGCCAUUGGACCUGCGCGUAUCUUCAGUCAUGGCUCAAUCUACUCAUCGCUCCAGUGGUUCUGGCUGGUCGGUGCUGUGACACCAAUCAUCACAUGGCUGCUGGCCCGCAAGUGGCCUCGUUCAAUCUGGCGAUACGUCAGUACCCCUCUUAUCUACGGAGGUGCUGGUAUGUUGCCCCCAGCCUCUGUAUAUAUUUAUCUGUGCUGGGGCAUGGUCGGUGCUUUCUUCAACCGCUUCGUUAAGAGAAGAUACACGGGCUGGUGGCUCCAGUACAACUAUGUCACUUCGGCGGCACUGGAUUGUGGUCUCAUCAUGUCAACGAUGGUGAUUUUCUUCACCUUGUAUCUGACGAGUGCUUCUCCCCCCAAUUGGUGGGGUAACUAUGGCGCGUUGGAGACGAUGGACUGGAAGACCACGGCGGUCUCCAAGACGGUUCCCAAGGGCUCGUUUAUUGGACCUUCAACUUGGAACUAG